AUGGCUUCUUGUCAGCUUAUUGCCCUGGCCCUUGUCACGAUUUUUCUUCCCACGCUCACCAUGGCAGCCGAGCACAUUGUUGGUGAUGAACAAGGGUGGACCGUUAAUUUUAACUACACAACCUGGGCUAGUGGCAAAGUAUUUCAUGUUGGUGAUACACUAGUGUUCAACUACAAGCCACCACACAAUCUCUUCAAGGUGGACGGCGCCGGGUUUAAGGACUGCGCAGCAACAGGAGAGCCCAUGACCAGCGGAAACGACAUAAUAAAACUAAGCAGCCCAGGAAAGAAGUGGUAUAUCUGUGGCUAUGGCAAACAUUGUUCUGAGCUUGGCCAGAAGUUAGUCAUCAAUGUAAAGGCUGAAACUCCAGCACCAACACCAGAACCUAAUGCUGCUUAUGGACUUGCUGCUUCCUGCUAUCAGAUUUUUGCGGCAGCGGUGGCUCUCGUGGCAAUGAUCGCUGCAUGAUUUACCACUGAUAUGAUAUAAUUUCUGUUUUCAAGCAAAGAAAUAAUUAAGGUUUCAUGUUUCAUGAG